AUGUGCUUUGAAUAUUCAAUUGCGCAUUGGUUCCAGAAAGCCGCGGAACACGUUUUUGGUUGCGUUCUCUGUGCACCAGGAUGUUUCUCCCUGUUUCGUGCGGCUGCUUUGAUGGAUGAUAAUAUUAUGCACAAAUAUACUACAACCGCUGUGGAGCCAAGACACUUUGUCCAAUAUGAUCAAGGCGAGGAUCGUUGGCUUUCGACACUGCUGUUGAAACAAGGAUACCGUAUUGAAUAUGCGGCCGCAUCUGAUGCUGAGACCUACGCUCCAGAAGGUUUUGAGGAAUUCUUCAACCAAAGGAGGAGAUGGACACCAUCAUCUGUAGCCAAUACGAUUGAUCUUCUUGCGGAUUAUCGACGUGCUUGUGCGAACAACGCCUGCAUUUCAAGGAUUUAUAUUUUGUAUCAAUUUUGUGUGAUUGGCUUUUCGAUGUUGGGACCUGCAAUUAUAUUUUCCAUGCUUCUAUAUGCUCAGGUUGCGGCUUUUUCACGUAAAUAUGGAUCGAAUUAUCGUCUACAACACGGUACCAGUUGGAUUCUUCAUAUUUACCUGCUUUGCGAUGGAGAGCAAUAUCCAACUGUUUGUGGCAAAAGUCCUUCAAUUGGUUAUGCGUUCGUCAUGCUGGCAGUUGUUGUUGCCACUUGCAGCCAAAUUGUCUUGGAAACCAUGUUUUCUCCGACCUCGAUGUUCGUCGUUGGAAUGAUAUUCAUCUUCUUAUUUGCGGCUUGUCUGCAUCCACGAGAGUUCACGAACAUCAUUUAUGGAAUUAUUUUCUUCCUGAUGAUACCUGCAACCUAUGUGAUCCUUUCUUUUUAUUCGCUCAUCAAUUUGAACGUGAUCAACUGGGGAACACGAGAAGCUGUGGCUAAGGCGACUGGUCAGGAAACGAAAAAGGAAUCGAAACUUGAAACAAAGUUGAAAAAGGCCUGGAACGGUGCCACUGGAACUAUUCUUCGAAGGAAAGAGAAAGCCGGCGACAAGCGAAUAGAGGAACUUGAGCGGCAACUGGAAGAAGUCAAGAUUGCUGUUCAGAGGCCAAAUUCAUUCAAUGACUCUCAAAUUCGAGAAAACGAGUUAGCCGAGAAACCAUGGGAAGAUGAGGAAGUUUCAAGUGACGUAAGUGAAGCACGAACUCCU